AUGUCGCUUAAGCUUAAAUUAACCAAGUUCCAGAAAUUAUGGUUGUAUUAUUUUCCCUGUGACAGAACUCUUACGAARAGAAUAUGUAAAUCUACCGUCAAUUCUACAGUGGCCUUCAUCUUUUGCUUGAUUCCUGAGAUCAGAAAGCAUCUGGGUGCUGCUCCUGCGAUGCUGCCUAUGAUUUCUGUUAUUGUUCAUCCUGGAAGAAGGGUGGGAGGCACGAUUCAUGGUGCCAUCUAUUGUACAACGGGUUUGAUAUUUGGGUUGGCUUACGCAAUCUUUGGCAGGUUUCUGGCACAGCGAUGCCUGGGGAGUUCUUGGGACAAGUUAACAGAGGCUCAACAGCAUAUGUCUAAUUACAAGAGAUACGAAGCUGGGUUGGCAAUUUUGGCUGUUUUUGAAGUGAUUAUGCUUUUAUUCCACGGUUGGAUGAGGUCUGUUUCCCAUUAUUAUUUCGGUAUCGUAUUUCCACUAUUCGUCGUAGUCCAUUUCGCUUUUAUGGAUCCUUUAAAUGAAACGGCGGGUACUAUUGCCAAAGCUUAUAGUKCUCCUUUCUACCUGGGUAUUGCGAUGUCGAUAUUUUGGAACCUUGUAUUGUUUCCAGAAUGGGGGACUACUUACUUAGGUAACACCACCAUUGACACCUUGAAUGAACUUCACAAAUCCAUCGAUUAUUCAAUCAAUUUCUUUAUUGCAGUGGAUCCACAUAACGAUAGUCAGUUGUACAGUAGGGACCCCGUUUCACUAGGUAAGCUUCUAAAAAUGAAAACAUCAAUUGCUUCAAAAGUAAGCAAUUGUCGAUUGGUCCUCCAUGAAUGUAUUUAUGAGUUCACUUAUGCCUAUAUCUCGCCUACUAAACUGAAACCGAUUAUCUCCACUUUGGAAAAUUUAACAGUUUACAUUAAUGGGCUUGUCAAUACAUGUCAACUAGAAUUCAUCUUAUUAGCUCGGAAUGAUAACGAGCUCAAGUCUGACGAUGUUGCAGCAUUAACGCUUCCGAAAAAUAAAGAAAUCAGUUUUGCAAAUGCUGAAAAAUUGUUAAAAGUUAUUGACAAGUUACAUCCGGUAAUUUAUAGCUUACAUCGAACAAUGAGUGAAUGUAUGUAUAUGGCGAAGUUGGUACUUGCUCAUGCUUUUGAUGUGAAGGUUUCAAAAGUUCACUCUUGCUCGAUGUUUAAGGACGGUAACUUCCCGACUUUCAACAAUAACGCUAAUAAUCUUCCAAAUGAUGUUGACAUCCAAAACAAGAUUGAUGAUUUAAAGAACGCAUUAGAGGAAUGUAAAUCAAAAUUCAAGUCAGAAAUGUUAGGAUUUGAUAUUGACAUUAUGAGUCCCAGUGAUGAAAUGUUUUUACUCUCAAGUUUUUUACUAAACUUCAGGCAAACUGCGAACUCAACUUUGACCAUCAUGGAGUCCGUUAAAGAUAUUUUAGUAAAGAGACAGAUACAAGAGAAGAAAGGUUGGCUGAGAGGCAAAAGGCUUUGGUUUUUAGUAUUGACUAACUACGAGACGUUCUCUAUUUGGUUGAAAGGUGACAGAAACUCGGUGACAGAAAAUGAUACAUUAAAGGGCACUUUUAAUGCAGCCACUAAUGGUUUUGCUCAUGAUACGGUCAUUAGAAGGCCAGAUUACGAAGAGAAUCAGCUUUUGUCUCAAAAAGUUUCUUCAAACAAAAAUUUUCCAAAAUAUGACGCUUCUCUGGAUCUGCCAAUAACAAGUGAACCAAAGAAAAUUUCUUCUUCUUCCUCUGCUUCUUCCUUUUCUCCUGCCUUGUCUUUGACUAAAACAUCCACAUUCGUGACUAGAAAGAGCUCCAAAAAGCGCACUAGAUUUUCAUUUAUGUCAUUGCUGAUUUCAGUUGACGAUUUUUGCAAAGUAUCACGUCCUCAUUUCAGAUUUGCUUUCCAAGUAGCGAUUGCAUUGAUGCUAGCCUCUUUCCCUAUGUUCAUUCCAAAGACAAGGCACUGGUACAUAGAUUACCGUGGUACCUGGGUUGGUUUCGUUUGUAUACUUUGUUUGGAGCCUUCCGUAGGUGGGACCUUCUGGGUCUUCUUCCUUCGUGCUGUUGGUGUUAUUUAUGGAGCAGCCUGGGGGUAUUUAUCUUAUGUUGCUGGUGUUAACCAAACCAAUCCAUAUCUGGAAACUGUCAUUACAGUGUUUGGUGCUGUUCCUGGGUUUUACUAUUUACUAGGUUCACCCUAUGUGAAGGCUGCAAUCAUUGAAAUCAUUAGUAUCUAUAUUGUCAUGCUUGCGGCAAUCCUUCCCUCCCAGGAUGAUAUUCUGACAAGUUUUGCCAAGAGAUGUUUGGCCGUUGGGUACGGUGGGGGAGUGGCGCUGAUAGUUCAGGUUUUCUUUUUCCCAUUGAAAGCACGAGAACAGCUGAAUGAAGAGAUUUCGUUUGUUUGUGGUUGUAUAUCGGAAAUGGAGCUUCUUUAUGCCACUGGGCUGGAGGGAGAACAGGUUGCUAACAGUAUGACCGAAGAUAAAUAUAAAAGGAUUGAGAAAAUAUCAACAAGUGCUAAAGAGGCAUUGGCGCGCGCUACAGCUUACAAAGGGUUAACCAGACAAGAACCGAGAUUGAAGGGUGAAUACACCGAAUUAGAAAAUGUCUUCACUCAAGUGAUAUUUAUACAGAAGCAAAUUAUAGAAAGGAUAGAUACAAUUUCUCUGUUAAGAAAACAAAAUGGAAGUGCAGUUAUUGAAGAGUUUAACAGUCUUGUCUACCCAUACAGACGUCAAAUGGUUGGAAGCAUUUCUUGUUUAAUGAGAGCACUUCAAGAGGCAUUUAUAAAUAAGACCCCGUUGCCUCAAUUUUUGCCAAGUGCAAGAAUCGCUCAUAGAAGAUURAUCAACAAAGUACGUCAAACGUUACGGAUAAGAUAUCCAGGACAAAUAUCAAGCUUAUCUGAUGGAGCAAAAAGGCUCGACAAAGGAAACUAUCUUGAUGACGAGGAUGAUGAAGAUGAUGACGACAACGAUGGUUUGAUUAUGAAAAUCAACAGAAGAGGUAAGGGCAUUGCAACGGCUAGUCCUCACGAAUACGUUUUGAAGGAAAAAUUUUUAAGUUGGAACGCAUCAAGCGCUGCAUCAGAAGAGAUUAUCGAAUACAUUGAGGAGCUGUUAAACUUGACUAAAAUUUUGGUUGGUGUAAAUGAGUUUAAGUACGGAUUUUUAUCUCGUCCGCUUUAUGAAGAUUGGGCUGCAGAGGCAGUUACAGGUUUCGAUGACUUUGUCAACGGGAAGAGCAAACCCAGGAAGACAUGGCGUAAUACAACUCCAUUCGAUGGCACUUCUGUUAUUUCGGAAGAAAGCGAGAGUCCGCAAAGUACAAACGAAUCUCAAAUCUCUCCUGAUUCUAUAGGAAGUUAUGAACCUGAACAUCCCAUGGCAUAUGAGGAGAGUGAGAAUCGAACAGCUUUGAAUUUAUCACGGAUAGCCUCUCAUAAGGCAGGGCAAAAUUCAGAUGGAUUACCAAAGACAUUUAGAAAUAGGGCGUUUUCUAUAGCCUCUACUUCCGGUCAGUUGCCAAGCUUAAGGAGACAUAGCACCCUUGGCAACGCCGACCCUAGUUACUUAGAUGAUGAUGAAAGCUCCGAUGACGAUUUGCCUUUAGCUUUGAAGAUGGUGUUGAGUCACAUGAAAGACAAGAAGGACUGA